CUAGAAUCAAUCACCUUUGACGAACUCUCGCCCGAUCAGCACGUAUCCACGAGAUGGAUGGAGUGGGCAAAGCGCACUACUUCCAUGCGUCUCUUCAUCGAUUCGACAAGAUCGCGUGUGCGACGAUCUUUGAAGAUCUACAUAACGAACUCAAAGAUGCAAGAGUACAUUGUGAAUAUGACGAUAGCCUUGACAUAUUCUAUGUCAACAGUCCCAGCGAUCUGGGUCUGCAAGCCGACGAGGCGUUUUGUACCAUCCUGCAAAGGCACAUCAAGCAGGCGACAGAUAACGACCGAAAUAGUGCGCAUGAUCAGCUUGGAAGUUCGAUCAAUCAAUUUCCCGAAAGCCUAUGUACCCCUCUGGCAGCAGUCGGUGACCUUGACGCGCUGAGUCAAGCUUCGGACUCUCAAGAUUCGCCUCACAAAUUCGUGACCAAACAUGUCAUUGUUACCAACGCUAAAGCUGUCCAAUUCUUUAGACGCUCUUCCCUUGACACGAGCUUCGUCCAGCGCGUACUGAUGCCGGACGCAGUCCUCGAAUUCGCUGCGGAGGCUCACUCUUGCUUUGCAGUUCUGUUCAAUCAGAAGGAGCAGCGCUAUGUCUUCAAUGGCAAGAAGGCAGAUUCAGCAAAGGAGUCUACUGCUGGCUUGAGAGGCAUCUUUGCUAGGUGCGAUUUUCCUCUGUUGGUGCUGUCGACUAAAGGUGAGGUGCAUGCAGAUGGCGAAACAGUCGAACGGACCGGUCCUUCAGGACCCGGAGCCAUUUCAAAUUGGCUGGACAAUGUCAACAUUUUCCACAUAGUCGAGCCAAGCGUCAACGAAGGGGCUUUUACAUCCGUUGUAAGCCACGAGUCUGAGCGAACGACUUUCGAAGCUCUGCUGGAUCCCCAUCCUGACAUCAAUUCGAACAAUCCAAGCCCCAAUGUCAAUCUUAAGUCCUCUGUCACAUCACCAGAUCCCAUUCCAUUGAGCUUGACUUUCGAGAGUCUACUUCAGGAUGAUGGAGCUGUAUCUAAUAAGCCCCACACCGGCCCUACCGCAGGUGCUCUGACCGUGUGCGCCAAGCAAGGGCGCCGCCAGGAUGGGAUGUCGGAGCUCGACUUGCACCGCACAGAAUCUGGAUUCAGUAGGGCAAGUGAAAUGGACACAGAAAACCUGUUGCCCUCUUAUGGCAAACAGUUCGCAACUGUCGACAGGAUUGGCCUGACGGCCGAUCCGGCGAGCACAGCCCGAUGGGAACUUGUCAAUGUCAGGUCUCUAGGCCGCAAGAUUGCAACGACGUGCUCAAGCACACUUAGGAUUCAGCCACAACAAAGGGCCAUUGGCAAGACGGAUGGCACCCCAGGAAGAGGCGACUCCGCCCUCGAGCAUUCUAGGUCCUCCAAGGCUACCAUGAAAGUUCAAACGUCGCUGAACUUCAAUGACCUUAUGUCAUUCGACGCUGCAGAAGAACCCGCAACCACCGUGCAACAAUUUCCAGACAACUUCGCCGCCACCAGAACUACGAUGAAUCAGCGGGCGAAAAACAAAGGCAGGGGAGCUAAGGGGGACAGGGGUAAAUGCAAAACGGGCACAGAGAAAACCGUCGUCAGAUUACCACUCCCUGACCCCCUACCCGCGAGGAAGAAAUUUGCAGACCCAGCGAAUAAGGCGUCGGAGACGAACAAGGCUCAAAACGCCAGUCCAGAGGGCCAGCAACGUGGGCGUGACGUUACGUUCAUUUCCAUGUCGGAGGCGCGUUCACUGCAGUCCGGGUUCCGGGAUUUCGUCGAUACGUUGCAACAGUGCGUCCAACGCAAGUCUGGUAUGCUGCCGGUUAACGAUGCCGAUGACGAAGACGAUGCAAAUGAUGAUCUUGCGCACACGGGGACGAGAGUCAAAGCGACUAUCGAAGUUGGAACACUUGCCAUGCUUCCGCUAGACAACACCAAUCACCUAUCGCAAGCUGGUACUCCGAAUCGGAUUCAGUCGGCGUUGAAUUCCGAAAAGAAAAGUUAUGAGACCUAUCUAUUCCCAAGGAUCACGACAUUGAUUGGCGAUGCGGAAAUUCUCGUGGACGCGCUUCCUCCAUACUUUAAGAUGGCCGAGAAGGAAGUAUCAUAUGAUAUGGGAAUUCAAACAGCAACGGAAUACAACACCAUCAGAUACAGGCCACCGGGUGCUAUGGAAAGCCCAAGUUAUGAUCUACAGCAGCAAAUCCUCCGUCAAGGAGUUCAAUACAUGCAUUGCGCAGAUCAUGUUUGGGAUGCACAGGUCAAAGUUACCUCAACGAAAGCGAAGGAUCGUUUGGAACCGGAGCUUGACCACGCCGUCACUGAAUUUCUGAAGUCCAUGCGAACAGAUGGUUCGCCCCCUUCAUUCAUUGGCGCGUUUGAUCUAGGGGUAUUUGAGCCUCAAGAGAUCCUCGCCAAACGCAUUGUGACGUACACAGGCGGUGGCAUUUCAUUCGUCGUGACGGAGGUGCAAGACCUCUCGCUCACAGAGCGAGACAAUCAAUCGCUCAACUUCCGAGCUAGGGUUCUGUCCCGGGAGGAUAUGCUCAAAGAGCAAAGAAUCUGGUAUGAGGCUCGAUUUGAGACCAAUGAACUUGCUCGUCUGUCAGCAAUGCAAGGCCUGGCGAUCAAUUUCCUGUCAUUGAUUGACAAUGUGGGCUCUGAAAAUCGCGGUCCGUCAAGUUUUCAAGCAUUUCGACGUCCCGAUCAAGACGUGAUGCGAAACAAAGACCGUGUGGUCAUGGAAGGUCAUGUUUAUUGGUGACCACCGUUUGAACUCUUGCAGCCUUAUAAUCGUCCGACGCUCAAGGCCAACGAAGAUGAUUGGGUGUUCGCCGAGCAGACAAAUAUAACUGCCCUGACACUCUGCCAAGUUACCUGUUGGCUGCUGCAUGUUCCUAUGGCUUGCACACUGCUGAGCAUGUUUGAAGAGCAUCACAUACUGUUUGUCAGUAUAAUUACAAACUUGCUUUUUGAAGCGGACUGUCUCCGAUGGUCACGCGGCCUGCGUGCACCGAACUAUUGCUUUUUAUGCUUAGAGUAGAGAAAAUUAGCACCGACGACAACAAGCCCAUUAUCCUGAGCCCAGUCUCUAAUGCCAGCUCCUGCCUGGCCGUAGCCCCAGUUGUACUUGUCACUAGGCUCGCUCAGAUUCAGCUUGUCAGUGGUGCCGUUCUUGGGCGAGAGUGCAACAAAAAUGUAGCGGUGCCGGCCCGUCUUCUUUGGUGGUCCU